CUCAAAGGGCCACACUUCAAGAGGGUUGACGCGAGGUGUGUGGAUUGAUAAAGAUGAAAGAAGCGGUGGCUAUAGAAUUAUCAGAGAGACAGGUUAGCAUUGAGAUCUUUCUCGUGUAAAGGGCACUAAUUUGAGGCUUUAUCUAGUAAUGGCUGCCCUCAGGAUGUUAGUGUUAAGAGCCCAGCCCUCGUGAGGCCACGUAGGGGUGAUUUCGGUAUAUAGAAUCUAAGCUGAAGAGGAGAGAUUUGGAGCGGGGAUUCCGCAGAGGAAAAACGUCCAAGUGCGCCGCUCGGACUCUGUGAGAGUCGAUGUCGGAGUCAUGAUUCCUUCGCCUCAGGAUUGGAAGCCCGACAUGUUCUGGAGCAUAGACGAUAUGGCCGUCUACCCGAGUGAGAACGAAAUCAGAGUGUUUAACGCGAUCAACGAAGAAGACCCCACGCCCGAGCCGCGCAAAUGCCGCUUCCAGACCAUCAUGAUGGCCACUUGGAAGGAAUAUUCGAGCAAAUACGUGUCAGAGCUUGAAUAUGUCAGCUUCGCUAGUAUCACGAACGAAGAUGCGCUGGAGUCAAUCAAGCAGGCAUACCUAUGGAUGGAGAGAAGCCAAGAUGCGGGCGAACCGAACGAACUUCAAAUUGACAAGACUGAGGAGGGAACUGAUGAACGGAAGGCCUUCAACUGGAUCGUGAACCAGAACCCGCUUGGCCGGGCUGUUCGAGGCAUUCCGUCAACGUUCACCGCGAUGGAGGAUAAGGAGAUAGAUCGAGUCGAUUUAUGGACCAGCAACGGAAGCAGGUAUAUUCACUUCCGGCUUCGCUGAUAAUUCUUGUGCUCGAGCACAUGUUUUCAACAUAUGUAAUCAGCUUGGAGCAUUGAUGUAAUCUCAGCGCGUCUUCUUGAGGAGGACUUCCGCGGUCCGACAGAUGGUACCU